ACCUAGAGCUUCUUUGACCUCCGUCACUGGUCCUCGCCUGUUCCAUUCCUGCAGCCCUACAGUUCUGCCUAUACAUUAAUCGUGCGAUCUCUAUAGGCGAACUAGCAGCAAAUUCUGCGACUGGCUAGCCAAUCAAUCAUGGCUGCGUCGAACCCAGUCGCCUUCAAGCCAUUCGCGGUCACCUUCUGGACCACCAUCACUUACAUCGCGCUCAUCGCCCCUCUAAUCGUCGUACACGAAACCGUUCCCUCCCUGCCGAGUAAUCCGACGCUGUACUCCGGUCUCAACCUCACGAAAUCAUGGCUCGAUUUAACGACCCUGUCGCGCGAUUACCAUCCUUUCAAUAGUCGGGCGAACGAUGAAGUACAUGAUUGGUUGUUGUUAGAACUGGAGGAGAUUAAGAGACGGAAUGGCGCGAAUGACUCGAGUGUGGUUGUGUUCGCGGAUAAUGUUUCCAAUAUUACGACCGCGAGCACGAUUUUCGGACCCCCGACUCCGGCGGGGACGUACUUUGAGGGCACGAAUGUUUUGGUGUAUGUUAGAGGGAAAGAUGACCCGCAGGGCCGCUGGUGGGAGGAUGGGAAUGUGAAUUCGGAUAAGGUUAUUGGGAAAGGGGGGGUGUUGAUGAAUGCCCAUUAUGACUCCGUCGCGUCUGGAUUCGGAGCUACGGAUGAUGGGAUGGGUUGUGUCACUUUGAUCGCCUUAGUCGAUUACUUUUCCCGACCGGAGAACCGACCUCAGAGGGGUAUCGUCGCGCUAUUCAACAACAAUGAGGAAGAUGGGCUAUGGGGCGCACAAGCUUUCAUCGACCACCCGCUGCAGCCUUUUUGUCAUACCUUCUUGAAUCUUGAAGGAGCUGGUGCCGGUGGCCGAGCCAACCUAUUUCGCGCGACAGAUGCUGAGGUAACCAAUGCGUACAAGGGUACCAAGGAUCCUUUCGGAACUGUCAUCUCAUCAGACGCGUUCGGUCUUGGAGCUAUAAAGAGUAACACCGAUUACAUCGUCUUUAAUGAGGUCUUUGGAUUGAGAGGCUUAGACCUGGCGUUUUACCGACCGAGGGCCAGAUAUCAUACCAACCAGGACGACGCCAAACAUGCAUCGAGGGCCAGUCUUUGGCAUAUGUUGAGCAGCUCGCUACACACGGUGCAGGGUCUUUCCGGAGAUACUGGUGAGACAUUCAUCGGCGAACGACCGGAUGGGGACCGCAAGAAGGUGUGGAAUGGUAGAGGAAAUGAUGGCGUCUGGUUCGAUAUUUUCGGAAAAGGAUUCGCACUUUUCGAUCUACGAACCUUGUUUGCGUGGUCUCUCACUUUGCUAAUUGCGGCGCCCUUAAUACUUAUGUCCCUGACGUACGUCCUGAUACGCACCGACAAAUACUAUUUUUUCUCAGCAAGGCGAUCUGCUUAUGAGGGAUCCGAACUUGAUCCGGUUACGUUGGGCGGUCGAAAGGGCUUAUUCAGAUUUCCCUUCGCAUUGGUCGUUUCGGGCGCGCUGGUUGUCGGUUCGGCAUACUUGAUUACCAAGAUCAAUCCGAUGGUUAUAUACAGCAAUGAGUAUACCGUAUGGGCCAUGAUGAUAUCCCUCUUCUACUUCGUCUUUUGGACCAUAAUGGCAGGAGCAAAUUUCGCGCGACCCAGCGCUUUGCAUCGGGGUUAUUCCAUAUUCUGGCUAUUCACCAUAGCAUGGGGCAUCCUAGUCGCCGAUACUGUUUUCGAGGAUCGCUUUAGAAUUGCGGCUGGAUACAUAUUCGUGUUCUUCCAUUCUGCCACGUUCCUCGCUUCAUUUAUUUCUCUUUGCGAGCUGUUCGCCCUGCCUACGAAAGCGUCGUUUGCGCAGCAAGCACACGACGAACAUGAUAUCAGGGAUCAUAUCAAUGCUGUGCCACAUACCGAUGACCUAAUUUCGCCAAGCCACGAUGAAUUGAAUGCCGAAGAUGAUGGCAACGAGGAAGACGAAUCACAAUCCGCUCCGACAGAAACAACACCCCUUGUCGGUGGUGGGUCCGGAGAGAACCGUCAAACAUUUGCUACUACGUACCGUCGCUCGAUAUCAUCGCUCAUAAGUAAAGCAAAAUUAUCAGAUAGCGAAAAAGAUCAGCCAUAUGUAUAUGAGCAGCAGUGGUCAGCAAAUAUCCCUAGUUGGGUCUGGGUUCUCCAGUUCAUUAUCCUUGGGCCAUUCCUUAUCACAUUAACUGGCCAGAACGGUCUAACGCUGGUCGCCUCGGUUUCGCAGACAGGUGCCGAUGGAUCAAGUCUUCUACUGCCGUAUCUUAUGACAGCCUUCUUCAGCAUUUUCUUAUUAUUACCAAUCACCCCAUUUAUUCAUCGUAUCACCCACCACGUGCCAAUGACCCUACUGGUAGUAUUCGGUGCUACGUUGAUCUACAACCUAACAGCGUUCCCCUUCACUGAAGAUAGCAGAUACAAGGUCUAUUUCCAGAACACUGUCGACCUCGAUACCGGCAUAUCGAAGGUCCACUAUGUUGGUUUACGAGAUUUUGUCGAGCAGAUAAUUGCUGAAUUGCCGUCCGCGAUGGGCAAAGAACUUGAAUGCACAUCGACAGGAAGUUUGCGUCCUCCCCUAGCUAGCUGCUCUUAUGACGGCUCGGAUGUACCGCCGAACGUGGUGAAGACUUAUCCCGAGGGAGUCCCACCGCAAAAGGGUUUUACCAGCUGGCUGGAUUACAAUAUUACACGGGUUGGUGGCGAAACAAAAGCUAGGUUUGAGAUCAACGCAAGGGAGAGCCGGUCCUGUGCAAUUACAUUCAAGAAGCCAAUAUCUUCAUUCAAAGUCGGCGGCAAUUCGCCCAAUGAGCGAUUUGGUGCCGUGCCAGAAGAUGGGCUUACCAAAGUUAAAUUGUAUCGUCGCGAUUGGACAACACCGUGGCAGGUUGAUGUUCAAUGGGAUACGGAUGAGGAUGCGAACGCAAGCAGUGGAAUUGACGGUCGCAUUCUUUGCAGCUGGGACGACGUUAACAUACCUGGAACGAUUCCUGCCUAUGACGAAGGGCUUAAGUAUACCCCAACAUGGGUGGCCCUCUCGAAGUUGACAUCGGGCCUUUGUGAAGGGAGCAAAGCAUUCAAGGCGUAACAUACGAUAGGCAUGUAACCACAUACUACGCAUACCGUCGGUGGCUCUACGUAGAGGUGACAGAAAGUCUCCUCGCGGAUGACACGGAACUCCUGUGUAACGCGCAUCGGUCAGUGAAUUUACGGAGAUGCACUACCAACUAAUCGGAUGUUUGAAGUGUUACAGAUUAUGAAAUCCGCAAUGAGAUACGCCGAAUGAUUUUGCGCGGAGAGUAUGGAUACCUUGCAUGGUUUUAGGCGUUUACUUAUUUUGUCCGGCAGCGUUGGUAAUGUUGCAGUUAGGUAAUGUCACGUAACCCGUUUCCCGUGAUGGCAACGGCCUCGAAGAAGUCAUUGCCGGGUCACCCGCUUCCUAUGAGACAACACCACCUUUUGGUUAAUACAUAAUUGAUCGUUUAUCUUAUGUUCUCGAACUUCUAAGACCCCAGGGGAUUAAGCCGGAGUAUACCGGAGUGCACCGGAGUUGAGUUAAGUGCAGUUGAUUCAGUUUCGCUGUGACGAAUUCUUUA